UAGCUCCAGUGAAGUAAAUAAUGUUGAAUGGAUUUCUAGAUCUAGAAUCUAGACUAUAAUAAUCUAAACCAAUUUGUUGAUUAGUUCUUGUGUUAUAUCUGGCUGUGAUAAUUUAGAACCAUGUCUUCAACACCUGUCAACUGGGACGACUUUGCAAGCCAAGCUGCACAUAUUCAGAAUAUGAUUUCAGAUCAACUGAUGGUUCCUGAAUCGCCCCAAUUCAUCACAAGGCUAGCAGAGCCUCAAGAUUUAGUACUACUAAGUCCUAUUUCACCUCCAAAUCUAAUUGAUAUUGGUUCUGAAAACAUUCAAGAUGAUAUCAGAAACAAACUAACCACUUCAAAGGUUAAUGGUUCUUUUAGAGCAAAAACCCCUCUAAAAGACUCAUCAAAUGUGUUUUCAAAUAAAGAAAAUGUGUACACUACACCAGAGAAGGCCAGAGAGGGUAAAGGAAGUCCAAAAAUUCAGUGCCCCACGUCAGCAGAAUUCAAGGAAUUCUUGACAGGGAUUAUGGAGGUUUCCCCUGUGAUAGAAGAUAUAGAUGAUUCUAAAGUAACCCCUGUUCGCCCCUGUAAUGACAGCAACAAAAACUGUGGUACAGUUACUUUAACUAAGACAAGAACACGGAAAGGAACCUAUGAUAUAGCAAUUCCAGUGGAUGAGAUUAGGUCUAGUGUUGAGCAGGCCAGUGAAACACCUUUAGUCAGUGCCAACACUACCACCAUAAAACCGCGAGGAAGAAUAGGCACGUAUGACCUUCUAGACUCCCCCAGCAUAUUGUCUAGUCCAGACACUAAAACAUCUAAUGGUAUCCCAUGUGACCAAGAUAUUGUACUGACUAAUACUAAUAACCAAAGUUCACACAAGGGAAACCGUGCUAAUGAGCAGCUGGUUCAAGACAAAGUUGAUGCUUUGCUUCAAUCUCCAAGCUCAGAGGAAGAUCCUGUGGAUACUGAGGAACUUCUGAUAGUUUUUGAAGGGAUGCAGCGUGUUAAUAGCAGAACAGUAGAGCUUAAAAAGACCAGGCGGAAAAGGAUAGACCAUCCUGGUGCUUUGGGAAUAAAUCAGGCUCCGGAAGCACAAAGUGAUCAGUGUGGGUCUGAACUCAAAACAGAUAAACUAGCUGAAAACAAGGAAUUGGAAGUGCCUUCUUGUGAUGAGAAACCAUUGAACUCUAGUCAUAAACAUGUUAGAAAUGUGACUGUAGAUGUUGAUCAUAGAAAUGAAAAUGCCCCAGAGGUUUGCACUGAGCCGGCUGUACCUGAUAAUGCUGUUGUGACCAAUUCAGGUGAUAACUUAAAACCACCAGGCACUGUUACUAAACAGACUCUGCAGCCAAAACAAGGAAGGCUGUCACUGUCAACAGUUCAUAAUAAACCAGCAAAUAAAAUAGAGCAGCGACGAAGCACGGGUCUUCAGUUGAAAGUACCAGUGACUAAAUCUUCCAUAGCCAAGCCCAGUGAGACUAAACCGCUGCUCAAAAGACAGUCAAUAGGUUCAUCCGGUGCAAAAUCACAGCUUGCAGGCCAGCCAGUUUUAAAUGAUGAUACACUUAAAGCUGGCGAUGCCGGGCUCUCCAGAACAGUUACUAAACCCCAACCUCGGGUUUCCAAGCUUGUUCGUAGGGAUAGUCAACUGAAACCACCUACAAGCAAACCACCUCUUGAGGCUAAAGAGCUCCAGCCUCCCCAACAGCCAAGAGAACUUAAACCCCCUCAACAGCCUAAAGAACUUAAACCCCCUCAACAGCCUAAAGAACUUAAACCCCCUCAACAGCCAAGGGAACUGAAACCUCCACAACAGCCAAGGGAACUAAAGCCCCCUCAGCAUUCAAGGGAACUGAAACCCCCGCUCAAAAUGUUGGCUAAGAUCCCAGAAAAUCACACCAACCCAUCAGAGUUUUCAAACGAGAAACCAAAAGCUGUCAUAAAGAGCUUCAAAAAGUUAUCCUUGGGUCCAGCAGAGGUCUCAGAGAGCUCAAAUGCAAGUAAGUUAUCCAAAAGAUUGUCCAUGAAUGGUGCCACGGCUGUCAAGCAGUUGCCAAACAUGCCCAAAACGUUCAGCAAACCUUCUCUGCUUAUGAAUGGGCUGAAAGGAAACACAAAAGAUUCGUGUAGAGAUGUGAAGAAAAUAGCUGCUCCCAGUGAGUGCACUAAAAAGAUAGAAACUCCAAAGAAAGGACCGGCGCCUGUAAAAGCUAUUUUCCCCACAGACGGCUCUAGGACUGUUACCAAAGAUGAGUCCACAGCACUUUCCAGAACUGUUACUAAAGAAGACACAGCGCUCUCAAGGACUGUCGAUAUUUCAUCAGAUGAUGCUUUUAAAGAUGCUCCUUUUGCUGGUGAUACACCUUUAAAAAUGGACAAAUUUUUAAUACCAAAGCGACUAUCUGCUGCUUUUUAUAACUCAGCUGUCAGUGACAGUGCCAAUACAAAGAAUGGGAAGAAAACAUCUAUACCUACACCAACAAGAAUAUUUCGUAAUUCCAGCCACUCCAGCUCUGGGUCCACUUCCAGUUGUUCCUCUCUGCGCAAACCUUCGUUUGAAUCUCCAUUUUCUGGCAUUAGGGGUAGUGGGGAUGAUUCAGAAGCGUUUAAGCCAAAAAAAGCUCUAGUGCAAAAUACACCAGAUGUGGCACCCAGACGCCAGUCCAUGUGGUCACCUGUCAAGAAAAACCCUAUACCAACUGAUGACAUGGCUCACUUCUGUACCAAGAGGUCUCGCUCAGGUCAAGAGGGAGCCUCAUAAUUUUAUAGUUGAUUCCAUCUUAAUUCCUGUAAAGUGGUUUUUAGCAGUUUUUCAUCAAACCAAUGGCAAAGUACUGUGAACUAGAAUUUUAUUUGCGCCUGCUUACUACAAAAUUGUUAUUUUCCAAAUGUAUCUUCCAAUAUGUAAAACCAUUUGUUUAGCUGUUUCAAAAAUGCUUCUUUCUUUUAAUUUUUAGUUACCUCAAGUAGUUUUCAAUGCAGCUACAAUAUUUAAUCUGAGAUGUGUGUUUAUCAGAGGUUUAAUUUUUUAACUAUUCGUAUUUAUUAAUUGUUAUUGUUUUUUUUUUCGUUUAUAGUUUAUUUAAAUUAUAGUUCUUGAAGAUUCAUCAUUAUUUUUAAUACCAUUUUAAAUUGUAUUCUGUGCUCUAUUAUAUAUAUCACCUGUAUUUUAUUAGUAUAAUUCAGCAAAUAUUGCUUUCUUAUUACUUUUGAUAGCGAUAGCUCUUUCCAACCUUUAUUUUCACUUUACUAGCGCAACAUCUAUAAGUCUGUGAUCUUUUAUAUCUACUGUAUAUUUAUUUUUAAAAUACCAACCGAUGUUCAUUGUUAAAGCCAUUUAGCUUUAUAAAAUUUAGCUGUAAUAGGUAUCUACUUAAGACAUUGAAACAUUUAAAAAUAAAACCACAAUUGGUAAUGUAUUUCUCAAAGCGAUUAUUUUAGUAAAGAAUCAUGUAAUUUCUCAUUAAUUGUAAAUAAUGAAUUCCUCCUGUUGGUAAAACUAUUGUUGAAAAAAAUUAACUUGUAACAGGCUGUUAACAUACAUGAUUUUCUUCAAAUAUUCCAGAUAAGUGUUGUUUUUUAAAAUAUUAAUCUUCUAUAUGCAGAAAAACAGCAUAUUACCUAUGUCUUAAUCAUUUUCUUAAUUUGUUAAGCUACUCCUUUGCUGUCAUAAAAUUUUCUAUAGUCAACAAUUAGAAAAGUUAAUUAUGAUGUACAUAAUUAUCA